AUGGAAGAAAUUGCAUCGAAUCUGCGAGUGGCUGGGAUGAAACUAGAUAACUUGGGAAGAGCAUACGAGCAGUUACAAUCCCAAGCUUCCUCUUUCCUUUUGUUCUCUCUCCAGUGGAAGGAUUUGCAGGAACAUUUUGAUUCCCUCAGUAAAACGAUUGGAGAUCGCUUGGAAAGUCUUAAUGUCCGUGAAAAAGAGGUUGAGUUGAAGGAGAAUGAGUUGAGUGUGAUCCAGAAGUGCUUGGAUGAGUGCUCCCAACUGGUUCACGAGAAAGAGGAAAGAUUGCAUCUUGUCCAGAAGUCUUUAGAUGAAUGUAACGAGCAAGUUGACUCACAAGGCAAGAAACUGGAAGAAAUCAAUAGCUUGAGUCAACAAGCUUCCAACGAUUUGGAAUUGAAGAAGAAACAUCUUGCUUCUCUCGAUGGCUUGAUUCAAGAUCAUAUUGAAGAGCUUGAAAAGAAGGAAAAGGACUGGAAGGCAAUACGGAAAUCAAUCGCCGAAUCCUCUGGUCAACUUGAGGCGAGAGUGAAAGAACUUGACUCAAUUGAAAAAUCAUUAGGUGAGUACACGAUAAAAGUAAAAGCAAAAGAGAAGAGAUUGCUCUUGAUGGAGAAAGAUAUUGAAGAGCGAUCCAAAGAGCUUGAGAAGAAGGAAAAAGACCUUAGCCAUGUUCAACGACAAUGGAGAUUAUGUUGCCAAGAUAUUGAAUUGAAAGAGAGAGAAUACCGUGCCAUUGAAAGAAGUAUUGAAGGACGUAGCAAGGAGUUGCACGUAGGGGGAGAAGAGCUGAAAUCUAUCCAGAAAUUGAUAAACGACCGUGAGAAGCAGCUGCAGUCGAAAGAGGAAGAGUCUAAUAGGGAUCUCAAAAUGAUCACAGAUUUGAUCAUUGAACGUGAAGAAGUGCUGAGGUCAAUACAGAGGAACAUUGGAGAAUGUAACAGGGAUCUUGGAAAAAAGGAAGAACAACUUAUUACAUUGAAAGGACAUAUCAGUUUAAAAGAUGCUGAAUUUCAGGCAUUUUUGAAGAAAUAUAAAAACGAUUAUGAAAAGAGGGAGGGGGAACUCAAGUCUAUCCAAAAGAAAAUUACUCGAUGUGAUGAGGAGCUCAAUACAAAGGAGAAAGCACUUGAUUCAAUACAGAAGUCAAUUUCUGAACUUGCUAGGGAACUAGAAUCAAAAGGGAAAGACUAUGAUGACCUUGUAGCAAAAGAGGAAGAACUCAAGUCUUUGCAGAACAGAAUUGAUCAUCAGGUUGAAGAGCUGGAAAAAAACAAGAAAGAUUUAGAUUUCAUCAAACAUAAGACAAAGGAAGGGUUCAUGGAACUUGAAAUAAAACAGAAACAAUGUGAAGAACGAGUGAAGAACCUUGAGUCAAAAGAGAAUCAAUUUGAUGGACGAGUGAAGAAGCUAGAGUUGAAAGAGAAACAGUUUGAAGAACGAGUGAAGGAGUUUGAGUCCAAAGAAAAGCAAGUUGAAUUAUUAAGAAAAUUAUUUGAAGACGAAAAAGCGUUGAUAGAGAAGGGCAAUAUCUUCCAGCCACGUGUAAAGACAGAGGAACUGGAUUUUGUAAAUACCACUAGUUUAAAGAAUAGCAGGAGUUUGCAAGCGCUCUUUAACGAUCUCUUGAAAAAUUAUGAGUUGGUGUGCCGUGAAGUAUCAAAUUCUCUCCAAGCAUCAGUGGACCCUGCUAAAUUGACGAAUUGA